AUGGUAAACUCAUCCGGAAUAAAUCUCAAUUCUUACUUUUGCUCAAUUUUCACUAUGAUCAUAGUUAUGAUACCUUUGAUACAUUCAGAAGCUCUUCAAAUUCUACAAGCUAAAGAUUCAUUUCGAAGUCACCUUACGAGAAUCACGAUUCAAAAUGAUAAUGACUAUCUUCUUGGAAUCCAUUGUAAAUUUAGAGAUGAGGAUAUAGGCUUUCACAUACUUGGUACAGGUGAAUUAUUAGCUUGGAAAUUUCACGUUAACUAUUAUUUAUCGACGCUUUAUUUUUGUGGUUUUAGCCAAAGACAAAUAAAUAAAGGUGUGUUCACAAUUUACAAAGCAUCUAGAGAUUUUUAUAGAUGUGCAAACUGUAAGCAGAGAAAGAUGGUUUUCAUGGAUAUCAUGAUAUUCUUAAAAAGGGUUCUAUAA